AUGUUCAAACAGUUGUCAAGUGACACAAGGGCUGAGGUUGUUGAUUCUGAGAAAAAAUGUACUGCCUUAGAGGGAAUUUGCUCACUUGAGAACAAAGGCGAAAAGAGAGAAGAUGGAGAAGCCAGUCCGGACAAAAGUCAAGAGAAGAACGAAAUGGGUGAAAGUUCCCCUUCCCGACACGUGGACAUGGCCCGUAGAAAUGCCUCGGAAAUGGAGAACUGCCCUGGUGAUGCGUAUCAGAUCCUGUCCUGA